ACAAGGUACCCAAUUGAGACCGAAGAAGAGAGACCUAUAGCAGGGGCUGCAGAGUGCAGGCACGACCUAGACCUGUAUAGACCUGUCAGUGGCCUUUUUCCUCUGCAGGAAAAAGUUGCGUUCCACCUGUCAGGGGACAGGACAGCAACUGGUCCACACGAGAGAUACAAUCUAUGAUCGUAAUCUGGCAUGACUGGAUCAGCUACGAGGAAGCAGAGGGCGUGUUCGACCCACGACAUCAUGGUAGAGGAUCUCUUUAGCGUCAACAUUACCAAAGUCAAAGUGUUUGUCAAGGAGAGUAGUGCUGAUGUGAUGCUCAAGCAGCGCUGAGUCUCCCUUGGCACCAUGGACUCUCCGUCAGCCCAGACUCCCCCACCGCCGGCCUCUUUGACGAAGGGAGGUCACCCCUUGCUUUCUACUGGGCCUCUGAGUGCCAUCCUUGGGCCUCAAGGCAAGCAUUACGUUUGCGGCUCCAUUGCAGCUUUCACCAACAUCAUGGUUACCUUCCCCAUCCAGAAGGUUCUCUUCCGUCAGCAGCUACAUGGCGUGUUGGCGGUUGAGGCGGUACGGCAGCUCCAGAGGGACGGCGUGAGAAAUCUGUACAGGGGGCUUCUCCCCCCGCUGCUCCAGAAGAGCACCACCGUGGCAAUCAUGUUCGGCUUGUACGAAGACUUCUCCCGAGUCCUCCUGGAGCGGGCCGAGGGCAGCGGCCUGCCGGAACUGGUCACGCGAAGCUUCGCUGCUGCGCUGGCAGGUACAGCGGAGGCAUUCCUGGCCCCCUUUGAGCGUGUGCAGACGCUCCUUCAGGACCACCGGCACCACGGACGCUUUAACAACACAGCCCACACCUUCAGGACACUUCUCACGGAAUACGGUGUCAGGGAGUGCUACCGCGGCCUCGUGCCCAUCGUGCUCCGCAAUGGCCCCAGCAACGUACUCUUCUUCGGACUUCGAGGACCCAUAAAGGAACAACUCCCAGAAGCCACCAGCCGCGCAGGUCACCUGGUAAAUGAUUUUGUCUGCGGGGGCGUUUUGGGGGCGGCACUUGGGAUCAUGUUCUACCCAUUAAACGUCAUCAAGUCACGGGCUCAGUCGCGGGUUGGUGGAGCCUUCCAACCGUCCAGGCAGGUGCUGCUAAUGGUGUGGCGGGAGCGAGGCAGGAGCGUCGCCAUGCUCUUUCGGGGGGCUCACCUCAACUACCACCGCUCACUCCUAUCCUGGGGCAUCAUCAAUGCCACCUACGAGCUGCUGCUCAAGCUCAUAUGACAGUGUAAGAGAGAAAAUACGUGAUCCAGUCAGGAGGAGGAGGACCUAUGAACAAACAUAGACAUGGUGUCACCUGAUGUUUCCAGAGAGAUGACGUUGCACGUCAGUGUGAAUUGCCCCCCCCCCCCCCCCACACACACACACCAACACGAAUUAGUCCGUUGCAUUAUUUCAACUGUACGCAAGGGUCCAAUGGGGUGCAACACUUCCAGCUCAGCACCAUUUUUGUUUACAGUAUCAGGCAAAAAUUAUUGGGUUGGCUUGAGUAUUGUGUGUGUUGUGGAACAUUCUCUGUUUUUUUUGAGAAUAGGCCACUAUUUUGUUGAAUACUCCCAAAGAAUUGUCUCCUGAUUUCUUUUGCUGGUUAAUUUCAGCUGCAUUCAAAUGUAAUGGGAUAAACCUCAUAUAUCAAGUAUGUUAAAGGGGAGUUUGCGGUCUAAAAAUACAACAAAAAAAAGCCUUUUUCCACCUUUGUGAAAACAGUCGUUGACUUUAAAGGCGUACAUGAUAAAUAUGAUCUGUGGAGAAAAAUCUGCUGUUUGAUUGGUGCUGUGGUUUCUUGUAUAACAAAUUAAGAGGCACAUGAUCGGCCCAGAGACGGCCGAUUGUUUUUCAAAGAUUAUCAUGUACAACUGUGAAGUCAUAACGACUCUUUAAAAAAAAAAAAAAAAAAACUUUUAAUUGCCAACUCACCCACGAAAUGGCCAUUUUUGUGUGUUUAAUUGGCAUUUUAUGAAUGCCAUAGCUGCCAUACGCAAGCCCACUGUCAUGAUAAGCACGAUCCUUUACUGGUGUUGUAUUUGUAUUUAUUCUUCGGAAAGUCGUAUAAUGAGCUCAAAAGCUUGUUUAUUUUGUUAAUAAUUGGCAGUGGCAUUUAUUUGGAGUUCUGCACUCGCUCUCCAAUGCGUCCUUCCUUAUGUCACACUUGCUCUCCUCCACUUUAACAUCUGUUGACAUAAUGGGCCCACAUUUCACACUCGAGUAGCCACAGCCAGUCAGCACCCAGCCGCCCUUGACCGCCUGGAGAGGCGUACAGGCGGCACUGUUCGGGCACACAGUACCAUUAUGGCAGCAGAGGAAAUGUUCAGUGGCACAAAAAGCUCAAGCUCCCAUGUAAAUAGACCACUUGGCCUAUUUCUGAACUGCUUUUCAUUCUCAACAAUCUACAAAGUGUUGCCUUUUACAAGGUUUGGCUUCUAUGACCAUGAACACUUUUCCCUAAAGCACAAACAACACAGUGUUCCUCACAAACAAAUGUUGAAAACCAAUUCAAAUUUUGCUGUGACAUUUCUGUGGAAUACAUUUUGUUGCAUCGCUCCCAUAAAUGUCAACCGAAAAGUCA